GUGCAUUUGAAAGAUAGCCUCAAUUCAGGGUUUUCAAUUGGAGACCAUAUAUUCUAUCACUCAAAUUAAGAGGGAGAGACUCCAAGAGUUCAAUUAGAUUUAACAAACAUGGCCAUAAACCAAGAGUUUUGGGCUUUCGUUUUCGGCCUUCUAGGCAACGUCAUCUCCUUUAUGGUGUUCCUUGCUCCAUUACCAACUUUUUACCAAAUCUACAAGAAGAAAUCUUCGGAAGGGUAUCAGGCACUACCUUAUAUUGUUGCACUGUUCAGUUCAAUGCUAUGGAUUUAUUAUGCACUCGUCAAAAAGGAGUCUAGCCUUCUUCUCAUCACCAUUAACUCCUUUGGAUGUGUGAUAGAAACAAUUUAUCUUGCCACCUUCCUUUUUUACGCACCAAAUAAAACCAGGCUUUCGACCAUCAAGAUUCUUCUCUUGUUAAAUGUGUUUGGGUUCGGAGCGAUGCUACUUUCAACCCUCUAUCUUACAACGGGAUCCAAACGUCUUACUGUUAUAGGAUGGAUUUCCCUCGUUUUCAACAUAAGCGUAUUUGCUGCUCCUCUCGGCAUUAUGAAACGUGUCAUAAAGACGAAGAGCGUGGAAUUCAUGCCUUUCAGCUUGUCCUUCUUUUUGACCUUAAAUGCUGUCAUGUGGUUUUUCUAUGGUCUUUUCCUCAAGGACUAUUACAUCGCUCUCCCAAAUACGCUUGGGUUUCUAUUCGGCAUAAUUCAGAUGGUGCUGUAUUUGAUUUAUAGAAAAUCCAAGACAGUGACAUUGGAGGUGCCAGUGAAGUUGCAAGAACUAAAUGGUCAUGUUAUUGAAGUUGUGAAGCUGAGCACGAUGGUACCCUCUGAGCCAAAUCAUAUAACAGAAGAUGGUGCCGUGGUUGUGACAUCUGUUGAGGAUCCAAAUUGGGAAGAAUCAGGAAAGGGAAAUGUGAAGAACAUCAUGGAUAAUGCCGGCAGGGUUUGAUUAGUAAAGAAUGAACAAAUCCAAAGAGGAAAAGAAAAGGAGGGCCAAAAAUGUUUAACAUAAGUACAAUUACUAUACUUUGCCAAGUGGGGCCUCAUCUCUACACAAGAGUAUAUAGUACGUAGUUUGGUAUUAACUUUAAGGGUUCUUUUUUUAUUUAUUUAUUUAUGUAUUUGCGUGAACAAGUAGCUGUAAUAUGUCAGGUGGUUUUAUUAGCUAUGUUAACAUGAGCGUCUCUUUGACCUCAUCCAUCACUCUCAGACAGUAGUAAGACGUGUAACUAAGUAUCUUCCCUUCUUUCAGUCAAUUCUCCCUCUCUUUCCUUACAUGCAUAAAAUAUAUUCAUGAGAUGGGAAUUAGUUAUUUCACUGAUUAUGCAAUCUAUGACUAAUGAGCACAUUUUUAUUUAAUUUCAUACGAUACAAUCAUUGUCCUAACGUUAAAUUUUAUAUUGUUUAUUGGUAAUUCUUGAUGAUUGAAUUAUGCAUCAAGAGAUGGAGAAAGUGGAGGGGCUUUUGAUGAUGUCAUGGAGAAGGGGGCAGAUAUAAAGGAGGAGACCCUAAAAAGUAAAAAUGUAUAUCUCGAUGACGGCAGCUAACAAUCAUUGGCAAAAGCACCCGACACUCCGAUUGUAAGAUGCCAAUCCGUACCCGUUAACAUUCUAUUCAUCAAAAGGAAUGGUUUUAAAAAUCAAUGCCAAUUAUUUGAAAUUACUGAAUCUCAGGAUUGUAACUCCAAAACCAUGAUUGAUUUAUUUUUAUUAUUAUUAUUAU